CGUAUAAGACCCUCUUUCCUACCGCUCCAACCCAAACACCAACAAGAUCAUCACAACAGCAACCACAAACACUUCUUUAAAAUCCAUCUUCCUAAACCACUUUCUCAGCAGCCAAACGAAACCAAAAAAAAAAGAAUUUGCAGUUGCAGUGCCGAAGAUUUUCAAGGUCUAAUCAGCUUCCCGAAAACUCCACCAACAGAGAAGGAAAUGUCGGUGCAAGAAUAUCUGGACAAGUACAUGCUUUCUCGGAAAAUCGAGGACGCCGUCAAUGCCGCCGUUAGGGCCAAGACUCCCGAUCCCGUUCUCUUCAUUUCUAAUCAUAUGAGGAAAGCCGUACCUUCGGUGAUCACCAAGGUUAAAGCCAGGCAAAUCCUGGAUAGCAGAGGAAUUCCUACAGUUGAAGUUGAUCUUUACACCAAUAAGGGCAUGUUCCGUGCUUCUGCUCCUAGCGGCUCUUCUUCUGGAAUGUAUGAAGCUAUUGAAUUACGUGAUGGAGACAAGGGAACGUAUCUUGGACAUAGUGUGCAAAGAGCUGUUAAGAAUAUUAAUGAGAAAAUAUCUGAGGCUUUGAUCGGUAUGGAUCCGACUCUUCAGUCACAAAUUGAUCAGGCAAUGAUAGACUUGGACAGGACAGAGAAGAAGGGUGAACUUGGUGCAAAUGCAAUUUUAGCCGUUUCAAUUGCUGCUUGCAAAGCUGGAGCUGCUGAAAAGGAGCUUCCACUUUACAAGCACAUAGCUGAUCUCUCUGGAAGAAGCCACCUGAUUCUUCCUGUCCCUGCCUUCUGUCUGAUAAGUGGUGGAAAACAUGCUGGAAACAAUCUGGCUCUUCAGGAUAUUAUGAUUCUUCCUGUUGGAGCGAAAAAAUUUGAGGAGGCAAUGCAAAUGGGCUCUGAAACGUACCAUCAUUUAAAGGUAACUUCCUUCAAUUGGAAAAUAACAUCUUUUGGGUUUUGAUCUUAGCUUAAUGGUUCUUAUCUUUUAAAGUUACUGCUUGGUUUUUAUUUCUUUAGCGUGAAACAUCUAAAUUUCUCUUUUAUUGAAAAGGGGAAAACCAUUCUCAAUUGUUCAUUUUCUGUUUUUGCAGCUUGAUAAU